CCAGCUCCUUGUCAGCCCCUUUCGCCGCCGCCUACCGAACAGGAGACGGCGGCACGCUUUGAGAAGUUUGCGCACGCAUUCAUAGACGUCAAAAACCUUACAGAGGCGUUCACGUACAUAUCGUCUGUCUACAGGAAUCACAAUCCUUACGCUGCCAAGGAUGGUCCCGACGCGGCACUCGACGUUUUAGGGCCUCUCUGGGAUACUGUCACCAUCACGCCUCUGCGUCGGACCUUCAAAGGGGACACGGGCUGGCUAAAUUACCAGACCGAUCUUUUUGGGGAGGUUGUAGACCGGUUCAGGCUGCAAGACGGUUGCAUUAUUGAGCAUUGGGAUCAAGGAGAAGGGUACCCAUCUGCUUGA